CAGGCCUCCAAGCUAAUCAAAAGGUUUCAGUAAGAUCUGCUGACUCAAGCAUAUGAGGGAGGGACAGAAAUUAACAAAAAGAGCAAGUAUGGCGAGUGGACAGCUGUCAAGGGCGGAGGCCCUGGCGUGCUCGGACUGCAGGCAUGCAUGUCAUGUGAUGCUCUACUCUGACACGAAAACUCAGCUGUUUGGAAGAACUCCCAUCAGACAUAUUAUACUGAUGCAGAUGCGCUUUGACGGUCUGCUGGGUUUCCCUGGCGGUCUUGUUAACCCAUCUGAGGAGACCCUGGAGGCGGGGCUGGGCAGGGAAUUGUUGGAGGAGCUGGGUGUGGCUCUUCCUAUAUCGGUAGAUGAUCAUGUGGACUCCUGCCGUGCCCCCGCUUCCUCCCCCUCUUCCUCGCAUCUUAUAACUCACUUUUACGUGAAGAAGAUGGAGGAGGAGCAAAUUAGGGAGGUGGAGAGGGCAGCUGCAUCCACCGCAACAGAUCAUGGACAGGAGGUUCUAGGGAUGGUCAGAAUCCCCCUCUACACCAUGAAAGGCGGGGGAGGCCUCGCGUCCUUCCUGUCGCACUCGUUCAUCGGCAACGCUCGCUCCCAGCUGGUCGACUCUCUGCUGCGCUUCAACCUGAUCGCCCCCGAGGAGUUGCACAAGGCCCUCACGCACUCUCUGAAGAUUCACACACACACCGCAGAGGACCUGAAAGCGGCCCUCGCGCUCACAGAGGCGAGGAGGAAACGGUUUUGAAACACACCUGGCCCGUCAUCGGCACAUUAUCUCCAGCAGGCACAUAGAUGCAGUUUGGCCACGAGCGAUGUUCAGCACAUCCCUUCAGUGACACACUAGUGCGAUCACAAACACACACCGUCAUUCUGAUUCGGAGCUGCUGACUCAUAAUCGACUGCUGUGCAUCAAACAGUUUGGGGAGCUGCUGUACCAUUAAUGGAAAUAAAGUCAUUUACACAGCCCAUCAUAUUCCAACUGGAUCUCCCCCGAAUGUUGAUUUCAAAGAGAAAAAUCGUAAAAAGAAUCGCAUGAUGUUUGAAAGCAAUUAUUGCACUGUCUUAACACUGCCUCAUUAACGCUCUUUAUAUCUUAAUGUCGUGACUAUUGCAUUUUAGUGAUUCCAUCAGGAAUUUUGACACAUCUGAACAUCUUGCAAGCUAGUGAGAGCGCGUCCAAAAUAGCAGACACAAAGGGCAACGCAUGAUAAUAAAAAAUGAACAGAGAAAACACGGAGCUGUGCUACCUUACAUGGUAAUGCAUAGGCACCUUGUGGUAUUAAGUGAAUGUAAAUUCCCGGAUCAAAGGGGCAGGAAAGUACCCUCCUUUCAACGAGGGAGAAUUCUUUGUCUGUCUCUGUGCUGCUCACAUUUCUAGUGGUUUCAUUUAUGAAGUUAUUGCGCGGCGGUGCUGGUGCAAUCCGAGGAUUAAUUACGUCCGUGACAUACUAUAAAGCCUACAGGCGAAGAUUUGAUUCCGUUUAAGUGUACCCUCGGUGCGCAUAACGCGCCUGCACCAGAUGUUAGUAACCUCAUUCCCAGACAAUACUGCUGGCAGUGAGCAGGAGCAGAGACAUGAUGCUGCCUAAUGUUGAUACCCACUGUAAGUGUACAACAUGAACCUACCCUGACAUGUGGAUAUAGUAUCAUGUAUAUGAGUGCAAUGCAGAAAUA